ACACAAAAUAGGGAUAAAUUCUUAUUGGGGCAUUUUAGUACUACGGCAGCAGCAGCAAAGAAUGAUAUUGUGAGAAUUUUCUAGUGUCCCAUUCUGCCCAAAAUACAGCUAAAUUGGCUGCUGUGAAAGCACUUAGCGACUCCCGUGUGACCCUUGCAACGAUUCCAGUGCGAGGAGUGGAAAAGUCACUUUCCCGGACAAAGUAGUGUGCGUGCGGAGCGUGUCUCAUCACACAGGAAGAAAGGAGAGACAUUCCCUCCCCCGCAAAAAUUGACUGAAGGAUUUCCUUUUUGACUUGUUCUAUUUUGGAAGGAAGCUGUGUGUGUGUGAGUGGGAGGAGCAUUUGGUACCAAGAAAAAGAAGUUUCCGCAAAAUUUUGGUGGGAAUUGUGUUGUGGCGUUGAUGAAGAAGAAUUCGCUGGGUCGCCUUCCGGCCGUGGUCAGCAAAAAGAUGGAGACAGAUACGAAUGGGCGUGAUGUGGAGGCGCCCGUGGAGAAGAUGGACACGCAAGAUCUCGAAUGUAUCGAUGCAAAUGUCAUUCCGGCCAAUGUUUGUGACACCCCCAUGCGAUCGGAGGAAUUCGAUGAGACACUCCCGAUGGAGGAGAAUGUGGACUUUGCCCCAUUGCAUGCAUUUGGGCAGCCACAGACCACCGAAGCACCACGUGAGGAUUCCACAAUGGAAGAGGAGGAUCACGCACGUUCCGAGGCGACAUUCACGUUCCGCGUGGAGGAGUUCAGUAAGCUAAAUGAGCAACUCCUCUCACCCCCAUGCUACGUACGGAAUCUCCCGUGGAAAAUUAUGGUAAUGCCACGAAUUACACAAGGGAGUGGGGAUCGACCAAAUGCCGACAAUCGCUCACUUGGCUUCUUCCUCCAAUGCAAUGGGGAGAAUGAUUCGCCAUCGUGGACGUGCAAGGCCACAGCUGAUCUCAGCAUUCACAAUUUCAAAGCUGACGCUGAGCCCUUAACGCGGAAAAUAACACAUGUGUUCUACAGCAAGGAGAAUGAUUGGGGAUUCAGUCAUUUUAUGUCGUGGAAUGAUGUGUUAGAUCCCGAAAAGGGCUACAUCAUGGACGACGCCAUCGUCUUGGAGGUGCACGUUGUUGCCGAAGCACCCCAUGGGGUAUUUUGGGAUAGCAAAAAGUACACAGGCUACGUAGGAUUGAAGAAUCAAGGUGCAACGUGCUACAUGAAUUCCCUACUUCAAACCCUCUACUUUACCAAUCACCUCCGGAAGGCUGUCUACAAGAUGCCAACGGAGGCGGAUGAUAGUAGCAAGAGUGUCGCAUUGGCACUCCAGCGAGUUUUUCAGGAACUUCAAUUCUCCGAUAAGCCCGUGGGUACGAAGAAGCUAACAAAAAGUUUCGGUUGGGAGACUCUCGAUAGUUUUAUGCAGCACGAUGUUCAGGAAUUCCUGCGGGUACUCCUGGAUAAGUUGGAGAGUAAGAUGAAGGGUACAUGCCUGGAGGGUACAAUCCCGCGUCUAUUUGAGGGUAAAAUGUCAAGUUACAUCAAAUGCAAGAAUGUUGAGUACACGAGUACGCGCAUUGAGACUUUCUACGACAUUCAGCUUAACAUCAAAGGGAAGAAGAAUAUUGAUGAGAGUUUCAAGGAUUACGUGGCUACGGAGACACUGGAUGAUGACAACAAAUACGAUGCAGGGGAACAUGGGUUGCAAGAAGCGGAAAAGGGGGUGAUUUUCGUGUCAUUCCCACCUGUUUUGCAUCUCCAUCUUAUGCGUUUCCAAUAUGAUCCUGUAACGGAUAAUAGUGUAAAGUUCAAUGAUCGCUUUGAAUUUUAUGAGCACAUCAGCCUCGAUGCGUACCUCCAGGAACCCGAGGCAACACCCGCAGAGUACACCCUCCAUGCGGUACUUGUGCACAGUGGAGACAACCACGGGGGUCACUAUGUGGUCUACAUUAACCCAUUGGGUGAUGGAAAAUGGUGCAAGUUUGACGAUGACGUUGUGUCCAGAUGCACAAAAGCGGAGGCAAUUGAUCACAACUACGGUGGUUUGGAUGAUGAUUUGAGCCUUCAGGCACGUCACUGUAGCAAUGCGUACAUGUUGGUUUACAUACGGGAUUCAGCAUUGCCGACAGUGUUGCAGGAUAUCAGUGAGCAGGAUAUACCGAGUGAGCUUGUUGAGCGUCUUGCGGAGGAGAAGCGUAUGGAGCAGGUGCGUCGUUUGGAGCGUAGUGAGGCGAAUGCCUAUAUGAAUGUACACAUUGUGCUGGAGGAGUACUUUGAGGGGCAUCAAGUGACGGAUCUCUUUGACUACGAAAAGGUGCAUUUACGUGUUUUUCGUGUUAAACGUACGGCAACAAUGACGGAAUUUAUGGGGAUGCUUGUGGAUGCAUUCCGUACACCGGCUGAUCAGAUGCGCUUGUGGCCACUUUCACAGCGACACAGCCAAUUGACGCGACCAGUUGUGUUUGAUAUACAAGAUGAUGGGAAUAAGUCGGUGAUUACGGUGGCGGAUAGUCAGAAUCCGUGGACGGUGUUUUUGGAGAUAAUGUCACCGGAUGCGGGAUGUCAGCAUUUACCGGUGUUUGAUAAGGAAACUGAUGUGUUGCUGUUCUUCAAGUACUACGAUCCGAAUCAGAAGAAACUCCACUACGUUGGGCAUGGGUAUUACAAUUUAACAAUGAAAAUUGGUGAUUUAGUACCGGAUUUGUUGGAUCGUGUUGGAUGGUCGAGGGAUACGCAGGUGAUCUUGUAUGAGGAGCAAGCAAGUGGGUUUGUUGUUAGAAUUAAUAAUUUCAAUGAGACCAUUGAGAAGAGUAUGCGUGAGAUCACCGAUGGGGAUAUUGUGAUCUUUGAGAAGCGAGAAAAAGCGGAAAAUUUGGAAUUGCCAACAGUUGAGGAUUACUUUCGGGAUCUCCUGUAUCGCGUUGAGGUGACAUUUAUUGAUAAGACAAACCCAAAUGAUACGGGAUUCACAUUGGAAUUAUCACAACGUAUGAGCUAUGAUCAGUGGGUGAAGGUUGUUGGGCAACGUAUGAAUGUUGAUCCGUAUGAGAUACAAUUUUUUAAAUGUCAAACAUACAAAGAUGUCCCGGGGAAUGCAUUAAGGAGCUCCUAUGAUGGUACAUUGAAGGACAUAUUGAUUUACAAUAAGCCAAAAAGCACAAAGAAAAUCUUCUAUCAAAUUCUCUCAAUGAAUAUCAAUGAAUUGGAGACGAAGAAGCAAUUCAAGUGCCUCUGGGUGUCACAAAAUCUCAAGGAAGAAAAGGAAAUUGUGUUGUAUCCGAGUAAAUGCGGGACAGUGAAGACACUCCUCGAUGAGGCGGGGAAGCAGGUGGAAUUUUCCGAGGGGGGUUCACGGAGGUUGCGUGUGGCGGAGAUUGUUGGGCAUAAAUUGGUUAUGGGCCCAUCGGAGGAUACGCAAUUGGAGUGCCUGCAGACAAGUGCGGAGCAAACGUUGACAAAUCAAAAGGUCUACCGUAUUGAGGAGGUACCCAAGGAUGAGGUGAAUUUGGCAGCUGAUGAGCAACUUGUGCCUGUUACGCAUUUCUACAAGGACAUCUACAACACCUUUGGCAUUCCCUUUUUCAUUAAAGUCAAAAAUGGGGAACCCUAUGCGUCGGUAAGGCGUCGCAUUAAAGCACGUCUCGGCGUUCCGGACAAGGAAUGGGAGAAGUACAAGUUGGCCAUCCUGACAAUGAAUCGAAUUGACUAUAUCACCGAAGAUGAGGGCUGUGUCAAUGUCAAUGAUUUCCGGAGUCAAACAACAAAUAAUCCCCGACAAACGGCACCAUAUUUUGGGUUGGAACACAUAAAUAAAUUACAAAAACGAUCACGCUUUAGUUAUCUUGAGAAAGCGAUUAAGAUUUACAAUUGAAUGGAAGAGAAAUGAGAGAGAGAGAGAAGAGAGUUGAAAACAGAGUUGAGAAGAAGAAAAAAAAUUUACUUAUAAUACAUAUUAUAUAUAUAUUUGCUAUUGCGCCAAUAUUGAAUUUAAACAAACAAAAAAAAACAGAGAAUGUGAAGAAAUUAUGGCAUCUCCUUCUCCCCUACGUGUGACUCCUUGGCUGCAACACCCCACCCACACUCCCCCCAAAAAAAACAACUGAUAAACUUCCCUCCUUUAGACCCCUAAACUCACCCCCAUUUCCCUCGUGAUCCUUGUCAACCACCCCCCUUAAGAAAGAAAAAAACCUUCAAAGGAAAACAUUAUUUUUAACUCUAGGAUUUCUAUUUGUAAAAUUUUUUUUGUGAAGCGAUGAAGAAGAAAAAAAAUAUUGUAAAGAUAAGUUUUGAAGGAUAAAUGAUGGAAGAAAAUAAUUAUAAAGAAAAUAUAAAUUAAAAGCAGUGAGAAAAAAACAUAAAAUUGUAAAUCAUACACGUAAAAAAAAAGAUGUUUCUUAUAACAUUUUUUUUCUGUUCUACUUGGAAAAUCGACAAAGUUGUGACUUUUUUUUUUAAUUAGAAAAAAGAAGAAAAUUUAAUUUUGCAUUCGAGUAUUAACAAAUUCGAUGUUCACGAUUAAUAUUUUGAUUUUUAAUAAAAAUGAUCUUACAUUUAGA